CGACUGGAGAGUGGCAUCAUUCGCUGGCCUGGAACAGUUCGACGCACAGGUGUCGUCUUUGGUUCCACCUCUUAACUCAAAUCAAACCAAUAUCAACGCCGAAAUGAAGGUCUUCAUCUGCCUGCUGGCCACCAUCUGCGUCUGCAACGCCACCUUCCUGUCCCUCUUGGGGGGCGGCGGUGGCGGAGGAGGCGGAGGAGGGAGCAAGAUCACCUAUAACGUGAUCGCCACGCCCAGCUCAGGCGGAGGCGGAGGCGGUGGCGGUCAUAGCUAUGGCUAUGCCCAGGGACAUGGCUACGCCCAGGGCGGCGGCGGCGGCCAUGGACACGGCGGCUCCUCGCAGAUCAUCAAGGUCAUCCUGCAAGAGGGUCAGGGCUACAGCAACGCUGGAGGAUCAGCUGGCAGCAUUGUGUCCUCGAGUCACAGUCAUGGUCAUGGCUACGCCAGCGGUCACUCGUACGGCCAGGCGCACGGCUCCUAUGGCGGCCAUCAGGCGCAGAUCUUCAAGGUAAUCGAACAGGCCCCGGCUCCGGCUCCAGCUCCUGUCCCUGCGCCCGCUCCCGUUCCCAUUCCCAUUUCGAUCCCUGCCCCUGCUCCGGCUCCCACGGCCUAUCACGCCUCGAGCGGCUCCAGUGGCUACUCCUACGGCCAUGGACACUCCUAUGGCCAGUCGUACGCCUCGGGCCACGGCUACGGUGGCGCUGCCUCCUUCGAUGCCCAGCAGUUCAACGCCAUUCUGCCCCAGAUCCUCCAGCUGGUGCUGCAGGAAGACUCCUUCGGCGGCGGCGGUUUCGGUGGCGGCGGAGCCUCCGACGUGGCUGCCAUCAACAGCCAGCUGAUCAACACCUACGGCUCCAAGGGCAAGGCCAUCAUCCUGAAGGCCGACCAGGCGCAGGGCGACUUCUUCAAGAGCGGCCAUGUGGUGCAGCGCGGCACCCUGAAGGUGAUGCGUGUCCAGGAGCAGCCGCAGCAGUCCCAGGGUGCCGGUGGCUUCAAGGGUGGUGCCCCGUCCGGUGGCUGGAGCUCCGGCGGGGGAGGCGCUUCUGCCGGCGGGUGGAGCAGCGGCGGUCCACCCUCCGCCUGGUAGACGCACUGCGUCCAAUGCCCGCCUAGUUAGUUAGACCAAAUGAAUUUUUUUUUCGCUAUCUUCUAUUCUAUCGUUAUGUAUUUUUUUUCCUAGGCUAGUCCUUCACAGUCAUUAUCAACGAAUCAAAAAGAAGGCAUCCAUCAUUGUUAACUUAAAUUAUUUGUUAAUAAACAAUUUGAACCAA